AUGGAUCUCGUCACCCAGAAGACUAAAGAGCUUUGGGCUCAAGCGGACGAGAGUGGCCGGGAGAAGAUCCAAAGGGACCUCCGAGACCUGCUCAGCUCCUUCGACACAGAUUGGGAUGUAGUGAUGCGAUUAGCGAGCGGCCCUCUCGCCGUGGCCUUGGUCAAGAUCGGAAUCAACUUCGAUAUCUUCAAGACUCUUGCCGGCACCGACUCGGCAGUUCCUGUUGCGCGGUUUGUAGAAGAGUCUGGUGCUACAGCAGAGAUGCUUCGGCGCAUUCUUCGCACACAGGCGGCAUUUGGUCUCGUCGAGCAGACCUCGAACGACGAAUACAGGGCCAAUCGCAUGACCACCAUUCUAACAGACACAAAUGUCUCUGGAGCAGUCUUGCACAUCUUCGACAACCUCGGUCCCAUCAUGCAAGUCAUCCCAGAGUUCCUGCGCGAGCGCAAAGGCCAAACCAUCACUUCCAACACGGACACCGCAUUCCAAAAAGCAUUCAAUACCAACCUCUCAGCAUUCGAAUGGAUGGACCAACACCCGGAAAACCUCCAAAGUCUCUCCCACUUCAUGGCCAUGCGCCAGGACAACAACUGGACGGACCAAUUCCCCGUCACAGCCGAGUUCGCAUCUGCACCUCCACAGCCCACCGACGUAGCCCUAAUCGACAUCGGUGGAGGAUACGGCCAUCAAGCCCUCCUUUUCCGUCAGAAAUACCCACAGCUAGGCUACGUGGUGGUCCAGGAGAUCCCAACUGUGCUCGAUCGACUACCGCCAGCUUCUAAAGUAGACGGACUCGAGUUCCACGUCCAUGACUUUUUCCAAACACAGCCGUUGCGUGCCAAGUUCUAUUAUAUGCGCCAUGUGCUGCACGACUGGAACGAUGCAGACUGUGUGCGGAUCUUGAAAGCCACAAUCCCCGCCAUGGCUCCGUAUUCGAGGAUUGUCAUCGACGAGGUGGUACUGCCGGACACACAGGUUCCGUGGCAGGCUGCGUGGCUGGAUAUGGUCAUGAAUACAGCUUUGGGAGGCGCUGAGCGGACAAGGACUGAGUGGGAGGUGCUCCUGGGUCAGGCUGGCUUGAAGAUUGUGGAUAUUGUGCGGUAUGAUAACAAAACGCAGUCGGCCAUAGUAGCGGUUCCUGCAUGA